AUGGCGGCAUUUUGUUGUGCGCUCAAUAUUUUUGUUGAUGUCGCAUGAAUAUAAAUUUUACUACUUACAUACUAUUUCUUAGUAUUACGGAGUCUUUUACCAAUACUAUAUUGUAUUUAUUUUAACGUUUGCUUUUGAGUUAUUAAGCAAAUUAUUUAUUAUUACCAUGAGUUUUAGUUUCGGAUCGGCAACAACUACUUCUGGCGGUACAUUUGGUACAGCAACUCCUUCUACAGGGUUUUCCUUUGGUGGCGGGGACAAUAAACCGGCAUUUGGUGCAGCAGCAGCCACGGAUAACAAGCCCUCGUUCAACUUUACGAGCCCAACAACAAGUGCUCCUGCAUUUGGGAGCUUCGCAUUUGGUGGCACCAAGACCACUGCUUCCGCUUCUGCCGCUCCAGCAUCGUCUCUUUUUUCAACGGCAACAACAGCUGCGUCUUCGUUUGGGGCUAGCAAACUCAGUUUUGGUGGCUUCACUUCGCCCCCAAAUCAAACUGUAGGCAGCCCAGGGUUUGGACAGCCAGCUGCUCAGAAUGCCCCACCAAACUUAUCUUUCGGAGGUGCCUCCACUCCACAACAGCAGCCGGCGCAAACAACACAAGCAAACACAUCAUUCGGCUCCGGUUCGUUCUCGUUCGGCAAACCGGCUUCUGCUGCUGCGCCCGCGCCGGGUUUUAAUUUCGCCACCCCCACUUCGGGAUUCUCAGCGUUACCACAAGCUAACACUGCGACAACCACAUCACAACCGGCCCAGUCGAGUUUCCUAGCUUCUACUUCAGCGCCAUCUUUCGGUGCAACCGCUACAUCUACUUUUGGUCAGAAAUCCUCAUUCAGUUUUGGUGGUUCUACUACGCCUGCUUUUGGUACCACUACUACCACUGCAGCGCCAGCUUUCGGUACAACCAACACCGGUUUUGGUCAAGUUGCCGCUCAGCUUACUUCGCAACCAAGUUUCGGGACUUUGGGACCUACUGAACCUGGCCUUGGAAUCAGUGGAACUGGUUUCGGCAAUUCCGGAAUUGGCUUGGCAACUACCGGAACUGGUUUUGGAACUACUGGCACCACUGGAACUGGUUUUGGAACUACUGCAACCACUGGAGCUGGUUUGGGAACUACUGGAACUAGUUUUGGAACUACUGGUACCACUGGAACAAGUCUUGGAACCACUGGAACUAGUUUUGGAACUACUGGUACCACUGGAACUAGUCUUGGAACCACCGGAACGACUGGAAUUAGUUUUGGUGCUACUGGAACGAGCCGGGGAACAACUGGGACUAGCCUAACCGCCGGAACUGGUUUCGGAAAUACUGGAACCGGCCUCGGUACCACAGGAACUAGCCUCGGAACAACUGGAUCUACCGGAACAACAGCACAAACCGGGCUUAGUUUCGGAACUACAAGUUUUGCCGCUACCACGACAUCUAGCGGGCUUAGUUUGUCAACUUCAGCGCCCUCCUCGACUGGGCUUGGUUUCGCAUCGACUAAGCCCAGUUUAAGCACUGGGCUUAGUUUUGGAACUACGAGUGCCGGCGGGCUUAGUUUUGGUACUAAGUUGACUACUGCCACUGCGAGUUCUACUGCUACAUCUACCUCGGCCCCGUCUGGUAUAACGGCUCUUGGGAAAACUACAACAUCAGCCACUAUGCCAUCGCUGUCAACGGUCACAACCACAACAGCAGCGCCUCCCGCCGCGAUAUCGUCCAUUACCUUCGCUCAAUUAGAAGAAAAUAUCAACAAAUGGACGCUAGAGUUGGAGGAACAAGAGAAGACGUUUAUCAACCAAGCGACGCAGAUCAACGCGUGGGAUAGACUGCUCAUUGCUAAUGGAGAGAAGAUUGUAGAACUAAACGACGCCGUGCAAACAGUGAAGAACUCACAGGAGAGUUUGGAACACGAGUUGGAUUUCGUUCUAGCGCAGCAGAAGGAGCUUGAGGAGCUUCUUGCGCCGCUCGAAGCUCUAUUGCUGGAGGACCAAGCGCCCGCCGACCCCGAGAGAGAACAUAUGUACACGUUGGCAGAAAAUCUAGACACGCAGCUGCGGCAAAUGUCGGAAGAUCUGAAGGAGGUCAUAGAGCAUUUGAACGAGACGAACAGAAGUCAAGAUAGUAAUGAUCCUAUCGUCCAAAUCGGCCGUAUACUGAACGCUCACAUGUCGUCAAUGCAAUGGAUAGACAACUCCAUUGCUCAGAUUACGACAAAACUGGACCAGUUAAAGGCCACACACGAUACUUUGAGAAGGGACAACGAGAGAUCAUUCCAGUUGACUUAUAAUUAAAUAAUUAAUUUAUGAAAAAUGCUCCAAACUUGUAGAUAAACAUUAAAAUGACAUUAAAAUGACUGAAAACCGCAGACAAAUAGUAGUCGAAAUAAGUAUUUGUUUGCGCUGGGAUUACUUCAUAUUUUUUUAAAAGUGAAUUACUGUAAUAUUUGUUGGAAGUCUCCUUCGUCUUAGUAUUUGAAGUGAUAUAAAGUAUUUUUUUCAAUUGAUAAUUGCCAAUGUUAAUGAUGUAAUUGUUAAAGUUUUCAACAGGUUUUUAUAAUUAAUAACGUAGGUAUAUCAUAAUCAUAAUUAUUGAUAUGACAUUGAAAAAGAUAAUGUUAAAAGUAUUUGAUUGAAACUCCAUUCAUUUACAGUGA